GCCUCCUGUCAGAGGCAGCCAUUGUUCAGCGGGUUGCACUGGCUGUGCCGGGGCUGGGCUGGUCCUACCCGGCUCUCCAAGUCCCUACCCCUCCUUAAAGCUGGGAGACGGGGCCAGUCCCUGGCUCUGAGCACUCUGAGGUUCUCGGGUGCAGGCCGCCAUGAGCAAACGUAAGGCACCACAGGAAACGCUCAACGGGGGAAUCACCGACAUGCUCACAGAACUCGCAAACUUUGAGAAGAACGUGAACCAAGCUAUCCACAAGUACAAUGCUUACAGAAAAGCAGCAUCUGUGAUAGCAAAGUACCCACAUAAAAUAAAGAGUGGAGCAGAAGCUAAGAAAUUGCCUGGAGUAGGAACAAAAAUUGCUGAAAAGAUUGAUGAAUUUUUAGCAACUGGAAAAUUGCGUAAACUGGAAAAGAUUCGGCAGGAUGAUACGAGUUCAUCCAUCAAUUUCCUAACUCGAGUUACUGGCAUUGGUCCGUCUGCUGCAAGGAAGUUUGUAGAUGAAGGAAUUAAAACAUUAGAAGAUCUCAGAAAAAAUGAAGAUAAAUUGAACCAUCAUCAGAGAAUUGGGCUGAAAUAUUUUGAGGACUUUGAGAAAAGAAUUCCUCGUGAAGAGAUGUUACAAAUGCAAGAUAUUGUACUAAAUGAAGUUAAAAAAGUGGAUUCUGAAUACAUUGCUACAGUCUGUGGCAGUUUCAGACGAGGUGCAGAGUCCAGCGGUGACAUGGAUGUUCUCCUGACCCAUCCAAGCUUUACCUCUGAGUCAACCAAACAGGUCAGCAGCGCUCUUGAUGUUGUUGAAGUCCAGAACCAGGGCUCCCAGAGGAGCGCAGAACCAGCUGAGCCCCAGCAAGACCACCACGGCCAUCCUUCAAUCGCCUGGUCUCCUAGGCCUUCUUCUCAGUACUCGCCUCUGAAGCUGGGCUGCUCUAAACCCACAACAGAGCUUUUGCCACAACGAAAACUUAGCAAGUUGCCUGUGACUGCUUUCUCCUGA